ACAUCAAUAGGAUAAAAAGGCAUCUCCAAUCUCACUACCCUCUCAACAAUGUCCUUCGAUAUAUCUAGCGAACUUUUAGCUUAGAAGGACUUGGUUUGAAUAGAACAAGCAAGGUAGCUAACGUCAGCUAGCUAGAUAACUAGCUACAUUUUAAGUCGAUUGUUUAGCUCUUAUUAAUAUAAAAUAAGAAAAUGGAAAAUUUUAAAAUACGGAAAGCUGAAUCCAAAGAUGUGCCUGACAUACUGCGACUGAUAAAGGAACUGGCUAAAUAUGAAGAAAUGGAAGACCACGUGAUACUGACUGAGGAAGAUCUGCUCGAGGACGGAUUCGGUGACUAUCCAUUAUACCGCUGUGUCGUGGCAGAAGUCCCCAGUGAGCCGCAGAGCAACAACGGCCCUGUGGUGAUUGGGUUUGCCAUGUACUACUUCACCUAUGACCCCUGGAUUGGCAAGCUGCUUUACCUGGAAGACUUCUUUGUCAUGGAAAAGUACAGGGAGAUUGGCAUUGGCUCAGAGAUCCUCAAGCUCCUCAGUGACAUGGCAUUCAAGACUCGCUGCAACAGCAUGCACUUCGUCGUCGCUGAGGGCAACAAGGAGUCAAUAGAGUUCUACAAGCGUCGUGGGGCGGCCGACAUCACUCUGGAUGAGGGAUGGAGACUCUUCAAGAUCAACAAGAGCUCCCUCUUCAAGAUGUCCUCCGGCUCCAAAGAGUGAGCUGGCCCCAAGACACAUAGAAAGAUGGGGACAAGAGUGACAGACUUGUUCAAUUUAAUUUAAAUUACUUAAUUAUUUGCCUGUCUUUCACUUCAGCGGUGGGGGGUGUGACUCUGACACUAGAUUAUUAUUAUUAUUAUUAAAAUGGGCAUUAAGCAUGUGUGUGCACCAACUUUCUCAAUCUAGUCAAUCAUUUAGGUCACGUAUUUUAUCUGAAGCCAUCGUUUUAGUAGUUGUAGUUUUUAAUCAACGCACCUUAGGAUUCCUAGCGUUCUCUGUUUCAUUAUUGACCAAUAUAUUUUACUAUUCUAUAAUACAGUGAUUUUUGUUCUCUGUAGUUUGAUUGUGUUUAUGUUGGUGGUUAUUAUGUUCUAUGGUGACUGAUUUCUGUGGGGCUAGGAGGGAAGUGGGGUGAGUUCAUUGCUUUACAAUGAAAUCCCUGUCCCCCCAUUUUAAGGUGGACUUAGGUCAGGGGUCAGAUGUUAUGGGUCAUGAUAGUGUGGAAGGGGAGGGGACGGCUUUACAGAACAUGCAUCACUUCAUAUGCCCGCCCUCCCUUCAUCCUCCGUCUGUUGUAGGAGUAAUUUCAGAAUGGUGACGCCAUCAAGAAACUUAAAAACAGCCUUGUCCUCUUUCUCCUCCUCCAUCUCUCUUGUCCCCUCUGUCAUACCUUCAACUGUGGAAGGGAGAUGUGUGGUCUGUUAUAACAGUCUAUGGAGAGCAGAGGAGUGGACUGUUAGUUACUGCACUGACCUUAAGACGCCAAACUGUCACAGUAUCUAAUGCUCAGACACACACACACAUCCUAGUCAGAUCUAGCAGAAACCAGGGACGUAGAAAUGCAUAUCAGUGGGAUGUCUGGUGUUCACUGACUGAAUCUUGAACAUUCACUGCAGCAAUGCCUGACCAACAAACACAGCCAGAAAUCAACACUGUAGUGGCCAAGUAGAGUUUAGAGAAUAUUACAAACACUGUCUCCUGUCCUCUCCUCCCCCAACCCAUUGCCCAGGCAGAGACAGAUCCUCUUUAAUGUAAUCCUGUGAAAAAUUAUCUCUAGUAGACACUUGUACUCCACUCUAAACUCUCAUAUGAACUUAGAAAAUGUCUCCUGAAAAUAAUGUUUCUUUGGCAUUACUCCAUUAAAAACAAUGAAGGACAUCAAUCUGGUAGGAAAUGGAGCAGGACAGAGUGUGUACAUGACUUAGUUACCGUUGAUCCACAUACAGCAUAGACUAUAAUACCUCCAUCUGAGAGAGGGAGGGAGAGAGAGAUUGCGAGGAAGAGCGGGGAGUAUAGGGGGGAUUGAGAAGAGACAGCAUCUUUUAUCCCCAGACAGGCCAUCAUAUUUUCAUUCUAGACUCCCAUGAGCCUCGCUGAACUUCGAAACGGACUUGUUUAUGUCCAGAGCUCUAAACGGUGCCCCGUUACUGAUUAACCAUUGGCAUCUAUUUAAAGACACACCAAGGAGAUUCACUUUUUUAUUUACAGAACCUUGGUAACCUUCUAUUCUAGCACACACAGGUGUUCAUCACUCUGUUGCACAAAUAGACACAAUCAUGACCCCAGUGAGUCAUAACCCCCACCGCAUGAUGGUCAAGGUUAAGGGUCAAGUUACACCGAGAGACACACUCCCACCCCUGUACCAACUUGCCUACCCCACAAUAAGUGUUGGUCGAGGAGUUGGCUAAAGCACUUCAAGAUGUGGGAGCAGGCCAAAUAGUAACUUUCCAUAUGUUUUUCUAUGGUUAAAUGUAAAAAAAAAUAUAUAUAUAUAUACAGUACCAGUCAAAAGUUUGUACACACCUACUCAUUCCAGGGUUUUUCUUUAUUUUUACUAUUUUCUACAAUAAUAGUGAAGACAUCAAAACUAUGAAAUAACACAUAUGGAAUCAUGUCGUAACCAAAAAAGUGUUAAAUCAAAAUAUAUUUUAUUUUUGAGAUUCUUCAAAGUAACCACCUUGAUGACAGCUUUGCACACUACUGGAAUUAUCUCAACCAGCUCCGAGGUAGUCACCUGCAAUGUAUUUCAAUUAACAGGUGUGCCUUGUAAAAAGUUAAUUUGUGGAAUUUCUUUACUUCUUAAUGCCUUUGAGCCAAUCAGUUGUGUUGUGUCAAGGUAGGGUUGGUAUACAGAAGAUAGUCCUAUUUGGUAAAAGACCAAGUCCAUAUUAUGGCAAGAACAGCUCAAAUAAGGACAGAGAAACGACAGUCCAUCAUUACUUUAAGACAUGAAGGUCAGUCAAUCUGGAAAAUGUCAAGAACUUAACGUUUUUCUUUUAGUACGUGUGUCAACUUUUGACUGGUACUGUGUUUCCAAUAUGUAUUUUAUAAACAAUACAAAACAUACAAAUCACUACAUCAUACAAACAUCACUCCUGCCCACUAGCCCCCACGCCUAGCACCCUUAUCAUGUUCUCAAGGGCCACUCAAGGACACUCAGAGACUUGUCCUGAAGCCACUCCUGCAUUGUCUUGGCUGUGUGCGUUGGGUUGUUGUCCUGUUGGAAGGUGAACCGUCGCUCCAGUCUGAGGCCCUGCGCGCUCUGGAGCAGGUUUUCAUCAAGGAUCUCUCUGUACUUGGCUCUGUUCAUUUUUCCCUCGAUCCUGACUAGUCUAUCAGUUCCUGACGCUGAAAAACAUCCCCACAGCAUGAUGCUGCCACCACCAUGCUUCACUAUAGGGACGGUUCUAGGUUUCCUCCAGAUGUGAUGCUUGGCAUUCAACCUAAAGAGUUCAAACGUGGUUUUAUCACACCAUAGAUUAAUGUUUCUCAUGGUCUGAGUCCUUUAGGUGCCUUUUGACAAACUCCAAGUGGGCUGUCAUGAGUAUUUUACUGAAAGUGGCUUCCGUCUGGUCACUAUACCAUAAAGGCCUGAUUGGUGGAGUGCUGCAGAGAUGGUUGUCCCAUCUCCACAGAGGAACUCUGGAGAUCUGUCAGUGACCAUCGGGUUCUUUGUCACCUCCCUGACCAAGGCCCUUCUCCCCCGAUUGCUCAGUUUGGUCGGGCGGACAGCUCCAGGCAGAGUCUUGUUGGCUUCAAACGUCUUCCAUUUAAGAAUGAUGGAGAUCACUAUGUUUUUGGGGACCUUCAAUGCUGCAGAAAUGUUUUGGUACCCUUCUCCAGAUCUGUGUCUCGACACAAUUUUGUCUCGCAGCUUUACGGACAAUUCCUUCAACAUCCUGGCUUGUUUUUUUUCUCUGACAUGCAUUGUCACCUGUGGGACCUUAUAUAGACAGCUGUGCGCCUUUCCAUAUCCUGUCCAAUCAAUUGAAUUUACUACAGGUGGACUCCAAGUUGUAGAAACAUAUUAAGGAUGAUCAAUGGAAACGAUGCAUCUGAGCUCAUUUUUGAGUUUCAUAGCAAAGGGUCUGAAUACUUGUAUAAAAACAGAAAUACAUUAAUAUAUUUGCAAAAAUGUCUAAUAACCUGUUUUUGCUUUGUCGUUAUGAGGUACCGCACCUGCAGUCUCUAAUUCUGAAUGAUCGGCUAUGAAAAGCCAACUGACGUUUACUCCUGAGGUGCUGACCUGUUGCACCCUCUACAGCCACUGCGAUUAUUAUUAUUAUUUGACCCUGUUGGUCAUCUGUGAACAUUUGAACAUCUUGUCCAUGUACUGUUAUAAUCUCCACCCGGCACAACCAGAAGAGGACUGGCCACGCCUCGGAGCCUGGUUCCUCUCUAGGUUUCUUCAUAGGUUCCUGCCUUCCUAGGGAGUUUUUCCUAGCCACCGUGCUUCUACAUCUACAUUGCUUGCUGUUUGGGGUUUUAGGCUGGGUUUCUGUAUAGCACUUUAUGACACUGGCUGAUGUAAAAAGGGCUUUAGAAAUACAUUUGAUUGAUUUGAUAUUGUGUGUAGAUUGAAUAAAUGUUUUUAUUUAAUCCAUAUUCGAAUAAAGCUGUAAUGUAAUAAAACGUGGAAAAAGUUAA